AUGGGCAAUGACGACACGUGGCAGAAGCACCGAUACAACAACGAUACUCCUUACAAUGACAAUAUGAACGCCAACAGCAACAAUAGCGUCGAGAUUAAUUACGUUACAAACAAUUACUUCGAUUCAAUUACUUCGAUUCUCGCUGCCGUUGGUGAGAAGAUUAAUAUCACUGUUGAUGUGGGAUGUUCUCGUAGGCCAGUCAAGCGCUGUGGGUUGCAAUGGUGGCUUGAGGAGCGCUCGCCCACCGCCAUAAACAGCCUUCUUCCUUGCAUUGUCUCUAAUGGUUUUCCUUCUCUUCUUCCGCAGGUUCCCGAGAUCCACGCGCUUCACGAAAGGUUUUUGGAAGAACUCAAGCAAAGAAUCGAGUCUCGAGACGCGAACAUGUGCGUGGGAGACCUCUUUCUGCAGCUGGUAAAUGACCCAAGCCUCAUUGAGAGCUACACAGCAUUCACCAACAACUGGAAAACGGCGCACGAGGCUGCCAAAGCUGCUGCUCAGGCCAAGCAAUCCUUCAAACAUUUCUUACUGGACCGGGCGAGGGAGCAUCAUGGAAAACUGGACCUGAAAGCUCUCCUUAUCAAACCCGUUCAGCGCUUCCCACAAUUCGAGCUGAUGAUGAAGCGUCUGCUAAAACACACGAGUCGUGACCACCCUGACCACGCCCUCUUGACCGAGGCCAUCGUCAUGGUGCAGCAGAUUGCCUCCAGGAUCAACGCGUCCGAGCAGGAGGCGCUGCAGCUGGAGCAGCAGCAGCUCCUGCUGAAGAGCUCGAGAAUACCAUCGAGGGCUUGGACGGCCUCGUGCAGCCUGAUAGCACGAGUAACGCCCCUGUUCCUCUCUCUCCCCAGGACAUACCUCCGCCAUGACCUGGUGACGAUGCACUCGGGGCUUGGCACGAGGAAGGAGCGCUGCCUCUUCCUCUUCUCGGAUCUGCUGGUCAUCGCGGCCACCAAGAGACGCUCCGGCACCAUCAGGAAAGGUUCUAGUCUGCAGUUCACCGUCUUGAGUUCCCUUGAGGCUAACAAGUUCAAGUUAUUCAAAUUCAUUCCACUGGAUGACCUGGAAAUUGCUAGGUCGCGCGACGAGAGCGUCAAAAAGCUAGUGCGGGAAAAGGAGACGUUGGUGGAGGACCUGCAGACGUUGCAGCAGAUCUCAAAGCUCACCAAGAACCUCCGGUGUCCUCACGUGACCAUUGAGGAGUCGGUGCAGGAGACGCUGGCCACCGUGCAAAAGCAGCUGGCCGAGCGCCACGGCGCGGACUCCCAGCCCAUGGAGCUCGAGCUCACCAUCAGCACGCAAGAAGGGAUGGAAAACCUGGUGUUCAUGUUCAACAGUGUAGAGAAGAGAGCAAUGUGGGAGGAGGCUUUUAAUGAUGCUAAACACAAAUUAGCUAUGUCAGCAGACCGUAGGCCUCCUCCUGAGUUUGUUUCUGCGCUGCCUAUUAGGAAGACCCGAGCUGGUCUGCAGUUUACUUGUGCUGCUGCCACAUUGGGCCUUAAUGCUCACAAUCUUAGGGAUGUUUGGGUUUGCAACAGUGAUGGCUAUGUAGGCCAGGUCUGUGUACUAAGUUUACAGCCAGAUCCAACUGUUGCGUGCUGUAAUGGAGUGUGUAAUGCACGAAUCCUUUCCAUAGCAUCUAUCCGGCAGCUCCUCACCCAGAAUCUAGUGAUGAUGAUGAGGACGAAGAAAAUGGGAAGCGAUGACUCUGACAACCAACAGCCUACCAUGUGGCUUGGCACCGAGGAUGGAUUUAUCCACGUGUAUAACUGCUCUGACACGAUAAGAAUUAAGAAGAACAAAUUCAAGUUUCAACCUGGUUCACCUGUUCACUGUAUUAUACACCUAGACACUCGAGUUUUUGCAUCCCUAGCAAAUGGUGACAUUAUUGUCUAUCGGAGAGAUGUAUCUGGAGGAUGGAAUGUUGCAGAUAGACAGGUAGUAAGCAUUAGCACAGCUGCUGCACCUGUGACCAAGAUGAUGGCAGUUGCAGGGAAACUGUGGUGUGCAGCCAUGAAUACUAUCAGGGUCCUCAAUACAGGCUCACUCCAAGUAGAGCAUUCGUUUGUAGUUGGUGGAGAGAAUGGGAGAGGGGUGUCAUGCAUGGUGUCAGCCGGCCAUGGGGUGUGGAUAUCAGUACUCAAUUCUGCUGCAGUGAGACUAUACCAUGCAGUCACUUAUGAGUAUUUGCGUGAAGUAAAUGUAGCUCAGGCAGUCACCAAAAUGCUUGCAGGUUGUGAUGACAUUAUUCGACAACACAAGGCUGCUUGCUUAAGAGUGACAUCACUAUUAGCUUGCAAAGAUCUCCUCUGGGUAGGGACAAGUGCAGGUGUUAUUAUCACAGUACCUCUGCCUCACCUAGCCCUUAAUACCAACCGAGUUCAGGCUCCUCUCAAUAUGGUUGGGAUACCGUAUGGCCAUACUGGCCAUGUUAGAUUUCUAACCAGUGUGGAACUGACUCCUGAACCUCGAACAUCUCGCCUUAAAGGACAUCAUAGGUACUCUUUCAAGGGAAAAGAUCACCCUCAUCACCAGCCAGGCACUGCAGCACCUGCAAAGCUGUUAGUGAUAUCUGGUGGUGAUGGCUAUGAAGAUUUCCGCAACUCGGGGAUGUCGGAACUUGCAGGUCGUGAUGACUCAACCAACCACUUAUUGCUGUGGCAAGUCUGAAUCUCAUGAUAGACUGUUUUGUAGCAUAAAUCUAACAAUGACUUAUCUAAAGAGACUGGCCUGAAAAACUUGUCUCUAGAGGAUUCAUCAGUGACAUUUUGAAAGGUGUCUGCUGCAUAUCCCAUUGAAGAGAGCCAGCUUGCCUGUGACCUUCAGGAAAAACAAAGGAUGAAAAUCGAUGGCCUUGCUAAAUAUGACCUUAAAAAUCUACUUGCUAAAGAUGACCUUAAAAAUCUAUUUUAGCAGAUAUAAAGAGACAUGUAUUAGGGUACUCUUUAAUGGAGGUAUCCUACCUGUACUCAUAAGAAAUGGCUAACUUUGAGGGAUCUGUCUGGACUUAUUAUACAUAUCUCUAUGCUUAUCUUGAUGAAUAAGCCUGAGCUCUUGCUCUUCAAGCUGACAGUAGAGGCAGACCUGUAUUAGACCUCAAAAAUAAGAUAUCUAUAUGUAUAUGAUGUACCACACAAUUUUAAUUCCAAGCAGGUCCUUCAAAAUACAAGUGACCAUAAAUGUGCUGCUGCAACGUACUUCCACUUGUUUGCAUUGUGAACUUAGAAGAUGUGAGCUGUGUGGGACUCGGCUUGAAGACCUGGUGGAGGUUCAAUGUGGGUUACAUGAUUCCCUAAAGAAGUGCCAGAUAUCCUGCAGAUAAAUGAUCUGUCAAAAGUUAAUAGAAACGAUGAUAUUUUCUAACUCUGUCAUAAUUCUUGAUUAUACACAGAUUGAUUAAAUACUUGCAUUUUAUCCUAGCUUAAUGUUUUUUGCAAGAAUUCUUGCUGUCUAGUAUGAAUGUGCAAAUUUGAAACUUUGCAUUUAUUUCAUGCUAAAUUACAACUUACUCUUAGUCUUUAUUUAUCCUUAUUUAUUACAAUUAUCAGACUCUUCAAAACAAACUGCCAUUGCAUUCAUUAACCCUGGUAAUGCCUGCCUUAGUAAAUGACAGACUAUGUGAUAUGAUACAUGAGUGCUUAGUGAUAAUUCAAUUUCCUCUUUCCAACAACGAAGUUUCUGCCUCGGCCAGAGAUUCUUUUGAUUUGCAGUUUCAUUGCAUGUGAUAGCAAAGCACCAAGUCCCUUAUAAGGGUGAUGUAUGGGGUGAAAAUGUCUUUUUAUCAUCUCUGGUUCUAUUAUUUCCAAGCUUGGGUAUUAUUAUUCUUGUUAAGGGUAAUUUAAUCCUGUAUGGAAAUAAAAAGAAAAACUGUCAGGUAAAAAAAAUAUAUAGAACUUGUCCUCUUGCUAAAAACAGUGGGACAUUCCAACACAUGUGGUUACUUCCUCAAUAUAGGUUUCUCUGUAAAGUGACAGCAAUGUCAGCGCUCUAUCACAGCAGCAUAGUUAAUGAUGGCAAAAACUCUUGUGCCAAAUUAUAUCAUCAACCUGUAGCCUAUGAAUUCUUGUGAAUAACAACCUUAGGAAACAAUGAGGUACUUGUAAGCAGGAAACUGGAUGUCAUUUAUUUAACUGAAUUUUUACUAGUCAUACAUUAAUGGAUGGUGAUGUUUACACUGUAAGUAACCCUGGCAUCAGGGUACUUCUAUGUGACAGAAAAUGAUGGAUGUACACUCACUGUGGGUUUAGAUACUUCGGGAAAGAUAAAGGAAUUUAAGGAUAUAAAGAUCCUUACAAAUAUAAUCAUCUUGUACUGCUUGGGAGGUAGGCAAUAUAUAGGAUAUUCUCUCUCUCUCUCUCUCUCUCUCUCUCUCUCUCUCUCUCUCUCUCUCUCUCUCUCUCUCUCUCUCUCUCUCUCUCUCUCUCUCUCUCUCUCUCACUCUCUCUCUCUCUGUCUCUGUUGUGGAUGUGAUUGUAACUAUGAGUGUCUAUGGUCUUAUACAUGUAUAUUUAGUACUUAUAUUAUUUUCAUAUUGCAUAUUCACUUAUAUUACAUAAUUUAGCAAAUGCUAAGUUAAAGAAAUACUUUACUUUUGUGUAAUGUUCUUUGUGUUUGAUGACUAUUCAGUCUAAGUAUUUUUUUAAAAGGUUAUUUAUGUCACUUCAUUUCAUUUAUGUCUCUUUAGUGCUGAAUGCCACAAUAAGUCUAAAUAUUUACAAUAUCUGCAUGAUUGCUAACUGUACUUUAAUUUGUGGAAACUGAGACCUUUUGGAUUUUAGAUCCCUAUAGGAAAUAUACAGUGUGUGUAUGUGUGGGUGUGGGUGUGUGGGUGUGGGUGCACACGUGUCUGCAUGUGUGUGCCAGCGUGUGACAUAUAUGUAAAUGUGUAUGUAUAUGUCAAUAUAUAUUUACGGAUGUGUGUGUGAUACUAUAAUACUGAAAUGAUAUAACUAUAAUUUGCCUACCUAGCAAGGAUGUAAGAUUAUGUACUAUAUUAUCUUUCCUAAAGGGAACACUUGCCAAGUUAAGAUAUCAAUGGAAAACGGUACUGUGUUUAUGCUGCCUACUUGUUAUAAUAAAAUUAUGUGAAAUUUUAUUUUCUUAGUAAUAUCUGAAUUGUGGAUACAAAUAUAAAAAAAGAAAAAAAAAAUAUUACCACUUAUGAUUUAGUCACUAAGAUCAGUGAUUGUGACAUAGGUCUACGUUAUCUUCAUUACAAUUAAUUAUUUUCAAGUUCAGUAUUGAUGCAACAAUUGUGUGAAAUAGCACGUGAUGGGAUCUUAUGUUAACAAUCAAUGAUAUUGUUUCUCUCAGGUCACAUGCACUAAUCCGUCAUUACUACUUAUUAGAUGAGGUCUCUUUUAUUUAGCAUGGACUUAUCUCUCAUAGAGAUUUCUGCACAUAUAUUUAUCAAAGGAUGUAGCACAAUGCAAGUUUACCAAGAAAUCCCUUACAUAGUAUUAAUUUAAUGUUGUAAUGCUUUUGCCAAUUCUGAUACUAAUGCAACACUAUUUCAUCUGCUAAAGUGCAUUAUCAAUUCAGAACAGUGAAACAUAUCUAAUACUUGAAAUAGAAAAAAUGAUCCAUGUCCUUUAACUUAUUUUGAAGAGAGUGCUGUACAUUUAGUUAUCUAAGUAUACCCGCUUACUUUGAGAGCAUUAAUGUACAAUUCAGAAUACACCCAAAGACUGUACUUUGGGAUUUUGUAUUCCAAGGGAUUCCCCAACAUCUCCAUAGAAUUGACACAAGUAUGGUGACCCAUUUGGCUGUGGUAGGAUGGAUACAUGUCAUUGUGACCUGAUCUCAGAAGGUCCACAGAAAAGUGACACUAUGCAGAUACUUGCUGUAAGGUGGAGUUUAGUACAGCAAAACCAAGAGAGCAACCUACCUUAUGGUAAUUAGAAGGUAGUGUCAUCUACUACUGUUCCACUGAGUUUGCCUGCCAGAGUUUCCAGGCGUCUCUGUUCCCUGAGUUGGCAAACAUUGCUGAUGUCCUUGCCCCAUUACUGUCUUUGUUUAUCUUCUGCUGUAUUUAUGAGUUGACCAAACUACUAAGAUAUUAAUAAAUUUUAGUAAAAAAUUGA